GUCACACAAGUAAUGAAUCUCCUCAAACAUUUGCUUCUUGCCAUCUUCUUCACUUCAGCUGCGUUUGCGCAAAACGAUGUUCCCUCAAAACUGUUAACUUUACAGAAAGAUACAUCAUUUGUGACUCUCUCAUCAAUUGCUUGGAAUUUGAGUGAAGAUGGCGAUCAAUUAAUUGUUCCGAUUCGUUUCCGAACCCGUGCAUCUAAGGGACGACUAUUUACUUUAACUGGUAAUGAUGCAGCUACUGGAAGCCCUCUGUUUACGCUGUCCGCUUACGUGCAAAGUUCAUCGAUAAUAAUCGACGUUACCAAUGGUGAUGAUUCGUUGCUGAAGCGAACCGAUCGUCAGUUACCAGAAGCCAACAAUGGUGAGGAGCAUUCGAUGUCACUUCACUUCAACCCUGUAUCAAAACAAUUGAAAGUUGUUUUCGGUCAAGGUACAACUGAUUCAUACGAUCAAAUCGAAGGCAUUCAAACAAAGCCACAAAUCGAUCUUACGUUGACUGCUGGUAGUUAUGGCGACCAUAAAGGUAUUGUUGGAUGCGUGACAUUAGUCGCGCUGAGCGUUGGAAAACGUUUUGCGCUGGAUUUUCCAGAAACAGAGCGUAGUGAUGAAGGUGUUAUUGAUGGAUGCGAAUCGUUAUGUGAUAAUCACGAGUGCAAUGAGGUUAAGAUUGAUUACAGACUUGCUGAAAUUAAACGAGCUUUAAACAAACGAUUGCAGACGGCUACAAACGAAGGAGUUCUCAUACAUUCAAAUUUACUCUCUGCUACUGACGGCACAUCAUUGGGUGAUUUCCAUUUAGCACUCAUCUAUGAAAACCUACAUCUUACACUGGGUAAUCUUACGGAAGCCACUUUGGAAAACGUGCAUCUUUCACCUGACAAUUUUCAUGAACUCGUGUUGACGUUCGAUUAUGGUAUGAGUGAGGUUCAGUUGUCACUGGAUGGGAACAUUACAACAGCUAGUUGGUAUAAACCUGGAAAAGAGAUCGAUAUUAGUUUCGGGAAAGAAGUAUUGUUCACGGCUGGCGCUGAUGAGAUUGGAUUGUCUGCAUGCUUACGUCAAAUUUAUUAUGGCUAUUUUGAUGUCAUUGAUGGUUACCUCAGAAAUUCCACAAAAGUGAAAGCGAGUGAGCAGUUAGAAAGAUGCGAGACGAGCUCAGCGACGUCCUUAUCAGACUUACAACUUCUUUCUCCGAUUCAUGAUGACGGCUUGGUGGAAGCAAACGAUAUUCCGGCAGAAGGACUCUGGGCAUACGAACAAAAACAAAAAGUGCUCACCCCCGACGAAGAGGAAGUUUUAGACUCGGAUGCUGAUGCAUUUAAUGAUAAGGUCGAAGAUGAAAUGCACGAAACCAAUAAAUUGGUCGAGGAUCAUAUAAGCGAUCAUUUGUCAGACAAAUUUGUUGCCGUCGGUUACAGUAGAAACAUACUCAAGAAAUACGUUUUAUAUUCAUCGCAUGUUGCUGAUAUUGAUAUGAUAUGUAAUUUUCAAGAGAUGCCAGAAAAGAAACAAUUAUGUGAAAACAGCGAAGCAACAUUUUGCAAGAACCAUAUCGAGUGCAUCAAAAAAGGAAACAUUCCAGUGUGUGUUUGUAAGAAAGGUUUUGCUGGAGAGCACUGCCAAUUCUCAACAUUGCCAUGGAAUUGUGAUGAUGUUCUGACAUCUGGUAAUACUGAACCGGGAACAUACAUUAUCGAUGUUGAUGGGUCAGGACCGUUGCUUGAAACAUACGUUAACUGCCAAAAUGGAAAAACUAUUAUACCACAUAACAUGCCAAAUCAAACGCUCAUGCGAGCCAAGGAUCUGGGCGAUUUACGCUUUCGCAUCAACUACAGGCUAUUCAACGAGGACCAACUAAGACAUUUACGAGACUUUUCUGAGGAAUGUACACAAACGAUGCGAUAUGAAUGUGUGAAAGCACCUCUAGGUUUUUCGUGGCGUAAAACAUGGUUCACAUCACUUUAUGAUCACGAGUUCAGUCGACUCAUGGAUGCCGGUGGUUCAUGUCAGUGCGCUAAUGGGCAAUGUGGAAAAUGCAAUUGUGAUAGUGGUCAAGAAACGUCGGACUUUGGUACGAUGCUCGGCAUCGAUGCACCAGUGACAAACAUUUAUGCUCUCAACGAUCCAACUGAUCAAAGAGGCUUGGUCACAUUAAGUUCGCUUGUUUGUUCUGGAAGCGCGGGUCGUGCGCAGACACAUACGGCGACGUUCAGAAGCCGUGCAGACUCACUGGCAUUGGGCGAUUGGGAUAUGAGAAGCUUGAGUUUCGAAUUCCGAACGUUCGAGAAAGAACUGACGAUUUUAUCGUCAAAAGAUGAUGUGUUUGAUCUAGAAUUGCAAGAUCGCACUCUACAUCUUCUUAUCGAUAAUUUCAAUGUGUCACUCACGCCACAAUCCAGACUUAACAAUGGUGAAUGGCAUCGAGUUAGGAUUGAGAUCCUCGAGAAUACAGUGCGUUUAUCGGUUCGAGAAAGUGCUGAAUAUCUACCUGUUGGACGACCGCUUUCGUCCACGAAGAUUGCCAUCUUUGUUGGCGGAGGGAGGCAUGGAUUUUUGGGAUGCAUUCGACAGAUCGUAUUCAAUGCUGGGAAGCUGAUGAAUAUUGAGGCACUAUUAUUCAACGAGGCCAGUAUUCGUUUGGGUUGUGAAGAUCGAUGUGCAACUCAUAUGUGUCAACAUGAAAGUCGAUGUGAGCAAGACUUUGAAAAUGAUGCUGUUCGAUGUGUAUGCCGUAACAAUAUAAUUCAUUCUGGACCGCUCUGUGAGAACAGCAUCAAUCAAGGAAGUGAAGUGAGUUUACAUAACCUGAAGCGUGGCUUCUUGAAAGUGCAAAUGUCUUCAACAAGUGAUGCAGUCAAACAACGAAUUGUGGUCAGUGUACGUACAGAUCGAAGAGAUGCAUUAAUCAUCUACAUGCACGAUCAUCUUUAUAAUUUUGUACAGGUGCACCUCAGCGAUCAUACUCGAAUUGUUCUCACCACCAACUACAAUAGGACUGUUCGACAAUGUGAAAUUGUCGCUAAAAUCGGACAUGGUAAAUAUUUUGAAUGCUCACUUACGAAACAAGCGAUUCAGAAUUAUAAGGAUCUGUUUUUAGAUAUUGUUGAACCACCGGUGACGCCACUGAAACGUAAAGAUGAUAAUCAACCGUUUACGCUGCUUUUUGUUGGUGGUUUACCAACCGAAAACUACAAAGGUAAACUGGAUCCCACUUAUAAGACCACGGUGUCAACGUUACUGGGCUGUGUUCGUGGCCUAAUGAUCGGUGAUGAGGUGAUCAAUUUACGAGAUCAUAAAUAUUGGCCGUACUAUCCCAAGGAAAUCGAUGUGAUCCGUGAAGGAUGCAAGACUGGUUGUGAGGCGAUAGAGCCAACUUGUAAGAACGAUGGUCAUUGCACAUUCAAAUGGACCAAUACGGAUCCGAGUGCUGAGCUUGCAACAUGCGAUUGUACACGCACCUCUUAUUACGGAAAGUACUGCGACAAAGAUGCUGGCGCAAAAUUCAACGGUAAUGCGUUGUUACGUUUUAAUGUUGGUAACAUCCUCAAGCAAGUCAUUUAUGACUGGUCAAAAAUUGGAGAGCAAACGUUUGACUUCGCAUUUGCUACAGAACCAGAUUCACCUCGUCCACAACAGCUUGUAACCGUUCAUUUCACCAAUAAUCGACUACUCGAAGCAAUACUGUGCAAGAACGGAUCAUUGAACGUGGUCAUAUCGUCACCAGAUUCCACUUAUGUGCAUACAUUCCCAUUCAAUUACACAGACGGAUACCGCCACUUUUUCCAGUCUGAAUUCGGCGGAAAAACUCCACUUACCAUUACCGUGGAUUCAUCGAAGUUCGACUUUCCAUCUGAGGUUGCACGCACUCUCUCUUUGGCGAAUGCAAUAGAUUAUGAUUUUGGUGGUAUUAUGCAAAGCGGAACCGGUGCUGUUGCCGCUGACUACCAUGUAACCGCAGUGGAUAGUUCGUCUCAGAUACACAAUUAUUCUGGUUGUAUUUCGAAUAUUGACAUCAACCUGAAUGUUGGCAGGAUGCAUUUCAAGCCAAGCAUUUAUUUGAUUGAUCCAAGUGAAGAGUUUGCUUACGGCUGGACCAUUUUUGGAGAUAAACCACUGCUUGGUAAUUGCAGCGCCUUCAAAAUUCCUGGAGCACUUCCAGCGCUGCAAAAUAACGUGAACGAACCUGAGUGGGAUUCACCGUUCCAUGCAGAAGUCUUCUACAGGCCUACUCAGCCAGUACCCGCUACAACCACACCGCCAGAAGGCCAAUCCUACUGGUGGAUCAUUCUUCUACUAAUUGGUUUCAUUCUCUUGUUAAUUUUGAUCAUUCUUCUUAUUUGUUGUUGCCGAAAGAAGAAGAAGGAGCCCGAACCGGAAGAAGGCAUCCCGAUGGGCCCGAAAGAUAAAGUCAAUGGAGGUGGUAACAUUCCGGAAACGGCACCUUUACUUCCAUCAGGCGUUAUCAUUGAGAAGCCAUCGAAGUUGGUCAAUAACUUCGACCUACCUGAACCAACUCAAUCGCUCGAUCGCCCCUACUAUAAUUCGCCACUUCAACAGAAGGUGUCGACUUCUAGUAGUACAACGUAUUUCACAGCCAAACAAUCAUUUGAUACCAACGACUUAGCGAGUGUCCCUCAGGCUAAUGAAAUGGACUUCGACGAUCUGGAUACGACGCUUAAGGACUAUGACGAGGAUGCCACAAUGCUACCAGAUGCGAACGAUCUGAGCGGAUUCAAUCGCAGUGACCCCCAGCGACUGUCCUCGUUCAAGAAGGGUGAUCCAACAGUACCGCAUGAUUCACCACUCUAUAGAGCGUCAAACGCGAGGCCUCAACCAAAGCCCGUCGCUUGUCCUGAAUCACCUGUUCUAUGA